AUUUAACGAAACUUGCAUCUUCGCGAGUUGUCGACAUGGCGUUGCCGCCAGAGUACGUGGAUGGGCUGUAUCGGAAGGUCCUGGUGUCCGUGAAGGCAUCGAACGGCAUUCCCACCGACGAGGAGGACUAUCACUUCCAGCACAAGUUCAAUCAAGACUUCCGCGACGGAGUCGACGCACUCGGCGGCCGUGUCACGUCGCUCCUGCAUCGCCUGCGCAAGGCCAAUUUCCCGCGCAAUGACGACAACGGCGACGACGACAUUGUCGACUUCGAUCCGUUGGAGGAGAACGGGGCGUUGACGGACCUCGUCGACGGCCUCCUGGAAAAAGCGACGCAGCAGAUCAUUCGAUUCCAGAAAGGCGACGUGGACCCGUCGCCGUCGACUGCCGCGGCGCCACCGGUCGUCCUUCCCACGACGUCCAAGGUAUCGUCCCGGCCACAGGACUCAUUCGAGGACAAGGUGGAUAACUCGGACUCGCCGUUCGUGUCGAAGUUGCGCGCCAAGUUGCAUGCAGCGUCGACACCGGGCAACCCCGUCGACGACGACGACGACGACGUGUACCAUCCAUAUCGCAGCGAAAUCACAAACCUCACGUACCAGCCUUGGCAAGUCGAACCCACCGUGUCCCAUCCCGGCAUGAUCUCCCUGGACGACGCCACGUACACGUACGUGGACACGCCGGCGGCGCUGGCGGCGAUGCUCGCGGAGCUGCAGGCCGCGCCCAUGUUGGCCGUGGAUCUGGAAAACCACAGCUUCCAUUCGUUCCAAGGGUUCUUGUGUCUCAUGCAGAUCUCGACGUGGACAUGCGACUGGGUUGUGGACACGCUAGCCCUUCGGUCGCAUCUCCACGCGCUGAACGCCGUGUUUUGUGACCCGACCAAGCUCAAGGUCCUCCACGGCGCCGACUCGGACAUCGUGUGGCUGCAGCGCGAUCUGGGGCUGUACAUGGUCAACAUGUUCGACACUGGACAGGCGGCGCGCGCGCUGCAGUACCCGCGGUUCUCACUCGCGUACUUGCUGCAGACACAUUGCGGGAUCACGGCCGACAAGCAGUACCAGCUCGCCGACUGGCGCGUCCGACCCUUGGACGAGCACAUGAUCAAGUACGCCCGCGAGGACACGCGGUACCUCCUCUACGUGUACGAGGUUCUCAAGCAGGAGCUGCUGCAGGCAACGCCGGCCAACCUUCUGCAUGCGACGCUGACCCGCAGCCAGGCGCUGUGUCUGAGCGUAUACGCCAAGCCGCGGGUGCCCACGCCCGACGAUGUGAGCUACCUGUGCUUCAAGCUCAAGGCGACGGUGGGGCUACAGGUGAUCUCGGACACGCAGGUCCGUGUCAUGGAGCACCUGGUCGGGUGGCGGGAUACUCUCGCUCGACGCGCGGACGAGUCGCCGGGGUACGUGUGCCCGAACGCGGUGCUGAUGAAGAUCACCAAGGGACUGCCGUCGACGCCGGCGGCGCUGUUCCGCCUCUGCAAUCCGAUCCCGCCGCUUGUUCGAAAGCAUGCGCACGACAUCACGGUGCUGUUGAAGCAAGCGAUGGCGGUGAGUGCCGAGGAGGUAACGGCGACGGCGGCAUCCCCGCAUGUUGUCCAGCCCGUGGAAACGACGCGGGUGCAGCGACGAGGGGUCGUGGUCGGCACCAGCCAGCUGGAUGCGUUUGAGGGAUGGACCAACGUCGUGGCGCGGACAGCCACCGCCUCCAAGGCGGCGAGUCUAAUCUCCCCCAAGAAACCGAAGAGCAAGACACAACAACCCAAAGACAACACUCAACCGCCGCUGUUUGCGUUGCAACAUGAAGGAACCCAGGACGAUGGGGCCUUGGACGUUCUGGAGCAAGUUCGUCAGGCUUUGGCCAGCAAGGAGUUUCAUGUCGUCGAUGUGUCUGGGUUGGGCCAACCCACUGCGGCUGCGGCAACGGCGGCGCCGCAGCGUGUGGUGACGCCCAAGAAGGAAGAAGCGGCGGUGCCGCUGUCGCUCUCGGAGAAGUACCCGAAGCUGUUGAAGAAGCGCAAGGCGGACCAAAAGUCGGCAUCGACGGUGGACGAUAAGGAGGAGGUAGAAGAAGAGGACAAGAUGUCGUUCCAGUCGUUCGACUACGCCAAGCAGUCGCUGGCGCAGACGACCAUGGACUUGGACUUGAAGCCCGAAGUUCGGCACAAGCGAAAGAAGGGUGGAGGGUACAACCCGUUCGUCCAGGCCACGGACGAGACCGGCAUGGCGCCCAUCAACCAGAAGAAGGGAUACAACGCCCCGCGUAGCUCGACUUUUCGAUAGAAUGAUAACCACAUAUAUGUAUAUGCUGCAACCACA